CAAAAGCUCCUUCCUCUCUCUCUCUCUCUCUCUCUCUCUCUCUCUCUCACAAAAUGCAUUGCAGCUGAAUUUCGCAGAAGGAUCCACCAUUCCUAUCUUUCUCUCUCUUCCUCCCCCAAAAUCUUAGGGUUUUCAUCAUAUCAAACAACAAGAGCUUAGCAUAUUCAGAAUCUUCAAUUCUCCUAACUCUUGUUGAACAUUUUGAUUCAAAUAAUUAAUUCCACACUGAUCCACCAGCUUACAUGUUAUCACCGUGAUUCCAUCCACCGUGCCGACGAUGGCGGCGCCGAGGAAUGCGACGGUGUUUAAGGAUGAAGAGAGCGGGGAGGUGCCGGACGAGGAUUCGCCCACCGCCAAGAAGCCCAAAUCGGAGAGGUUCCCGCUCAAUACCUGGGAAUUCGCCGCCGCCGUUGCCGUCUUCUUCGUCUUCUCCAUCGGCCUCUUCUGCAUUUACCUCACCAUACCCGCCGCCGAGUACGCCAACCUCAAGCUGCCACGCACCCUCUCGGAUCUUCGCCUUCUCAAAGAUCAUUUUUCAAGAUAUGCAAGCAAUCAUCCUGCACAGUUCAUUCUUGGAUACUGCUCCACAUAUAUCUUCAUGCAGACUUUUAUGAUUCCAGGAACAAUCUUCUUGUCCUUGUUAGCUGGGGCACUUUUUGGAGUUUUUCGAGGAAUCCUAUUGGUUGUUUUCAAUGCCACUGCUGGAGCAUCGUCAUGCUUCUUUUUGUCUAAGUUAAUUGGAAGGCCUAUAGUCUCUUGGUUGUGGCCAGAAAAGUUAAGGUUUUUCCAAGGAGAGAUAGCAAAGCGUAGGGAUAAGCUGCUGAAUUACAUGCUUUUUCUGAGGGUAACCCCGACAUUGCCAAAUCUUUUCAUCAAUUUGGCAUCUCCAAUUGUUGAUGUACCGUUUCAUAUAUUCUUUUUGGCAACAUUGGUCGGUCUUACUCCAGCCUCUUAUAUUACUGUCAGAGCUGGCCUUGCUCUUGGGGAUCUGAAGUCCCUUAAGGAUCUAUAUGAUUUUAAGACAUUAUCAGUGCUUUUCCUCAUUGGUUUUAUUUCCAUAUUGCCGACACUUUUGAAGAGGAAGCGAGUAUACGAGUGAAGUUGUGCUGGCACAGCUUGCUUAAUCCAUGUCAAAGUUAUGUGAUCAUUUAGAUUGUUAAGAAAGUGGAUAAUAAUUAACCACUAUAUCGACGAGAAAGGGUGUACGUGUAUUAUUAUUAAUUAAAACAGUGGCUUAUGCUCCAAUUUAUUUUAUGUGGUGGAGUUUUUUUUUUUUUCAUUUUGACCGUGUGGAGAGAGUGAGGGUAGACAUAGCUGAGCGGUUAUCAACCAAUUCAGCUAUGGUCACAAGGCUUUGGUGGAGCACUGAAUUUACUCAUAAUGUAGCCUUGAUGGCAUCAGGAAGGACGUAGUGAAUUUUUAGGAAUGCUGUAUGGAUACACGCCUUGGUUUACACAGUAUAGUAACUGAAUUUUACUAUGUACUAUUAUUUGUUUA